GGGUGGGCGCGUGUGUACUUGCCAACUGCGCCGCUGGACGACCUUUACCCGGCAGAUACCCAAACCCUCUCGACUAACUCGGCGUCUAUCUCCAUCUACGCCGUUCUUUUCUUAGGUUUCAUAGUUUUACCUACGAACAUACAAACAGCUGCUAAAUUUGAGCUUGAUAUGCUGUAAGGAAUUAUCUAAACUCGCCUUCGAUCUCAAUGGGGAUACAAACCAGAUUAGAACUUCAUCGCCCAUCCGCCAUUCCUAAUACACCUCCUGGCCUGGUCAGCCCGAGCUCAUCAACUCCCACUCCUAGGAUUUUCGGGGAACCAGCUUGGAAUCCUCCUGCACCUAUUUCUCCUCCCAUGUCUAACUAUGAUCCAAGCACCCGAUCAGAUAUGGCUACCAGAGAUAUAGAGGAUAGUCAAACGCGAAGAGAUAUCAACAGUGCACCUCGACAGCAACUCCCGUCUUUAAGUAGUUUAUUCGGUCCUCACCAUGUCCGCUCGACACUUUCUCCUCUCCCGGAUCGACCAAGCCCGCUUCACAGUGCGCACUCUCCGUUAGAUAGGCCGCACUCGAGAAGUUCGUCUUAUUUUCCAAACCGAUCCCCUUCCUUGAGCCAGCCUCGCAGCGUCUAUGAGCCGAGGCCGGAAGUGGAGCGGCCAACGCUUCCCUCGGUUGCUUCUCAGUUUCCCGGUCCGCUGAGGUCUCCUACUCGCGAGUAUGAUCACUUGCAUCGCGCACCGCAAGCCGAGCCUGUUUCGUCUGGAAGGUGGGGCGAUUCAAGACGGGAGUACGUGUUCGAUUCCCGGCCGCCAAGUCCUCCUUUCAGACCGGUUAGCGAGCGUGUGCCACUCCCUCCCUUGGGCCAGCGAUAUGGCUAUGAAUCAAGCCCAGUAUUCAAGAGGGAAAGUCAAAUGCGUCUGGAUCCUUCAGGUCACUCACCGACUCUGGCCAGCGCAGUUGCCCCUGAAGGUGCGCCGGUAAAAGACGGAUUAGGCCCCAAGAUCUGGACGGGAACGCACUUUUUACCGCGGUUUGUGAAGCAGGCCGAGGUCCCUGGUGAAGGGUUGUGUUAUUUCUACGAUGAUGGAACUCACUGCAAGACGGUUAUCGAUGGAGAGCCGGUUAAUGCCCACUGGGGAGUCACGAAGGCUGGGAAGCCAAGAAAGCGACUUGCUAUAGCUUGCCUCACGUGCCGGGAAAAGAAGAUAAAGUGCGAUCCCGAUUAUCCUCGAUGUGUUCAAUGUGAGAAAUUCGGCAGGGUCUGCAAGUUCAAGAAUGCCCCUCGUGGUGGUCAUAAUACAUCCCCGGUGGCUUCGUCGGCUGAGCACGAAUUAUCUAGGUCACUUGGGUCACACCCAGGUGCAAUGGACUUCGGAAGACCUAGGAGCGCCUCAAGUACGUCGGUCUCACCGCGUACCACGAAGCUCAGCCAUCCAUCUCCCGAACUGCUCAAUGGCUUUUCCUCUAAGAGGAUGAGGUUUUCGCAUGAUGAUUAUCCGCGACAACCACCGCCCCCAACGAGCCGUCCUCCCCCAAUGAUGCCCAUGUCCGAUAUUAAACGGGCACCUAAUGGUAGUAUGCCGACCUGGCAACAUCAUGAUUUACCUCGCGAUAUUCUUUGUCGACCAUGGCAAACAGACUCGUAUGUAUACGCCCUCUAACCAAUCACCUCUACUACCAUUUGUCAUUGCUUUUUACCAUGCACAUGGAUGUAAUAAGCACCGUGCUACCUAUUCAGGUGGUAUUGCUCUAUUACUGCACCCAAAG